AUGUUCUUCCAAGCACCAGUCGCAAUUCUCACUUUGGCCACUCUCUGUGCCGCAGCUCCUGCUAACCACAAAGGUUAUCUCUCUGCAAAGACCAAGUUGCACCAUGUUUCUCAUGGAAACUUCACCAAGCGUUCAAGCUCUUACGAGACUCCUUUAGGCAAUGACAUCUUUGCUUAUGUUAUCAGUUUUGAGGUUGGAACACCACCUCAGCCUAUUGAAGCAGCCAUUGACACUGGUUCGGCCGACCUGUGGAUUUAUACCACCGAGUCCGGUCAAACAUUCCCUUUUGACACCUCGAGUUCAUCGACUUAUCAGGUGUUGAAUGACGACUUCCAGAUUAACUAUGUAUCAGGAAGUGCUUCGGGAGAUUGGGCUAUUGACACUGUUAAUGUGGCAGGAGCCAGUCUCACCAACCAGCAGUUUGGUUCUGUUUCUGUUAACCAAAAUAUGGGUUGUGUAUUUGGUAUUGGAUACCAAGCUACCGAGUAUACUGAUACUAAAUACACCAACAUCCCCCAGAACUUGGUUGAUCAAGGAUACACUGCUCACAAUGCUUAUUCUUUGUAUCUUGAUGACAUUGAUGCAGGUGAGGGAGCUAUUCUUUUUGGUGCUGUUGACAGUGACAAGUACUCUGGACAAUUGUACACCGUUCCAAUCACUAGCUCCAGCUCUUUGCAAGUGACAGUGAGUGGAGUUACUGGUGACAAUGGCGACAGUCUGGGAGGAGAAGUUACCGCAGUUCUCGACUCGGGCACUUCUCUUACUUACCUUCCACAAGACACUGCCGACAGCAUUGCCAACUAUCUGGGAGCUACAUUUGACAGUAGUCUUGGAGCAUAUCUUCUGAGUGACGUUCCCACCAGCUCUAUUACCUACAGUUUUUCCGGAGCUCUCGUGACCGUACCCGGAUCCGAGCUGGCUAUUCCCUCUUCCGACUUUGGUUUCAGCAACACCCAGCCAUACACCCUUUCUAUUUUCCCCAACUCCGAGUCCGCAGAUAUCACACUUUUGGGUCAGAGUUUCCUGAGAAGUGCCUAUGUUGUGUACGACCUCGACAGCAACCAGAUCUCCAUUGCUCAAUCCAGCUGGAACAGCGACUCUUCCAACAUCCAUGUCAUCACCGACUCGGUACCCGGUGCAGUUUCUGCUCCUGGCCUCAAAAAUCCAAUCAAUCACCUCCAUCACCAAUAG